GAAAGACGCGGGAAAGUAUUUCAGAGUCUUCGUCAGCACAGAAGGAGAGACACCGGAGCGAAGCUGAGGAGAGAAGGACUCAGAAGAUCGAGUCAACAAGUACAUCUCCUCUGUGGAUGAAACAAGCUGUUAAAACCAUUGUGUUUGGUCCACUGCACACUAAGACAUCAGUUUCAUCAAACAGAGCAAAGAUGAAGUGGAGUCUGUUUGUGCUCAUCCUGAUGGGUCAGUGUUGCUUCUUCAUGUGUCAACUCUAUGAAUAUCACUUUAUUGGUGAUAACAAGACCUGGAAAGAAGCCCAGAAGUACUGCAAGGAAAAAUAUACAGACCUGGCCACAGUGUAUAACAUGACAGACAUGGAGAGACUUAAUAACUCUAGAAAGACACAAGCUGAAGCCUGGACCGGACUGUACAACAACUCAGGAAAAGAGAACAGGACGUGGCACUGGUCUCUGCCAGGGCUGGAGUACAAUGACAGUGAGGCACAGUGGGCUGAUGGUGAACCAAAUGAUUUUGGUGGACGUCUUGAGAACUGUGUGUUCAUAAAUCAUGAAAAGUCAUGGUUCGAUGAUUAUUGUCCUAUCAAUUAUGCAUUCAUCUGCUAUGAUGAAAAUAAGCGACCCACUGACCCAUACUGUGUGAUUAAUGAAAAGAUGAACUGGUCACAGGCUCAGAAGUACUGCAGAGACAAACACACUGAUCUGAUCAGUGGACUCACUCAGUUGAAUCAGGUAAAAGACCUGAAUCCACCUACUGAAAGCUUCUGGAUCGGCCUGUUCAGAGACACCUGGAGGUGGUCAGAUGGGAGCAGUUCCUCUUUUAGAAACUGGGAUCCUGAAGUUGGAGACAAGAACUGUGCUUUGUUAAAAAGUUCUGGACAAUGGAGAUCUGCUGAUUGUGAUGAAACAAAACCUUUCUUCUGCUACGACGAUGAAGUGAUCCUGAUCAAAGAGAGGAAGACCUGGGAGGAGGCCCUGGAUUACUGCAGAGAUCACUACCGUCAAUUGGUGUCUAUCACUAACCCACACCAGCAGAGAUGGGUCCAAAAGAGAGCCAAGAACGCCGACACUCCCUAUGUCUGGUUGGGACUGCGCUACACCUGCGCUCUGGAUUUGUGGUUCUGGGUCAGUGACCAGCUGGUCUCCUAUAACAACUGGGACCCAGAAGGAAGGACUGAUUGGUGUUACGACUCUGCAGCCAUGGAGAGAGGAGGACAACAUAAGUGGGUCAAAAAAACUCACACCGAAAUGUUCAAUUUCAUCUGUGCUCUGUAGUGUGUUUUAAAACCAUAAGCGCCUUAUAUUUCUGCCGCAACAAACCUAUCAACACUAACUGUGUACAGUCUUUCAAAUGUCAAGAAUCUCAACCUGGAUGUGGGAGAGACACAGAUUUUCAAAAUGCAGACAUUAAUUGGAAUAAACUCUGAAAUGAUGGAUUUCAUUAAUCUCUAAUUGUAUCAUCAUGUAUGUUUAUGAUGGACUGUUUUGCUUCUUAUACUUACAACAUGUUUGAAUUUAUUCAUUUAAGAUGCUGGUGAUGGCUAUAAAAUGUAAACUUUUUUCUUUUUUAAAGAAAUCCUGAUGUUAACCUCUCUACAGACUCAGUUGUUUCUAAUCCUGCAACAGCCAGUAUGUGUCCAAAAAAUGGUUCAAAUGCAAAAUGGAUUUCAUUGUUUUUACACGCUGCAUUUCAUGUAAUGUGCUUUUUAUCUGCUGAGCAAAUAUUUAAUAAAGAA